GUUCAAUUCAAUCAUAUUUACGUAGAGGGCAGCAUAUUGCUUGUACUUCUGUGGAUAUUAUUUAAAAAAACAGCAAAUUCCUUAAAUGCAAAAAAGACCGAAUCAUCAGAAAACUCGGACGUAGAGGAAAAAAUUAAAUCAUGGACUCCAAAACCUAUGGUAAAUACAACUUCCUUAUCUGCAUUGCCAAUGGAAAACUAUGUUAUUGAUGGCAAGACUGGACAUUAUAUCACAAUUAAUGGUCAGUCGUGUAUAAAUUUUGCAACUCACAACUAUUUUAAUUUUAUUACCGACAAAUCCAUCGAAAACAAUGUAAUAAAUGCGGUGAAUAAAUACGGCGUUGGUUCUUGCGGACCUAGGGCAUUUUAUGGCACAUUUGAUAUACAUAUAGAACUAGAGGAGAAAAUUGCUAAAUUUAUGGAAAUGGAAGAAGCCGUUAUAUACUCUUAUGGAUUCUCUACGAUUACUAGCGCCAUUCAAGCAUACGUUAAAUUUAGAGAUAUUGUAUACGUGGACGAAGAAGUGAACUUUGCAAUACAAAAGGGUCUACAAUCCUCUAAAGCAGAAGUAGUGUACUUCAAACACAACUGUCCAGAAGACUUGGAACGGUUGAUCUUGGAGAAAAAUGCAACAAAGAGAAGAAAAAACAGAAAAGCAUUCUUGAUUGUCGAAGGCAUUUAUAUGAACACUGGAAAUAUUUGCAACUUGCCAAAAUUGAUUGACAUUCGAAUAAAACAUAAGAUCCGUAUAUUCAUUGACGAAUCCAUAUCAUUCGGCAUACUUGGUGAAAGAGGUCGCGGAAUUACAGAACAUUUUAAUAUACCAAAAGACGAAGUCGAUUUAAUUAUUGGAAGUUUAGAGACAUCUUUGUCGUCAGUUGGUGGUUUUUGCGUGGGUUCAACAUUUGUUGUCGAUCAUCAGAGACUAUCUGGUCUUGGCUACUGUUUUUCUGCAUCGCUACCUCCACUACUAUCAGCGGCCGCUAUCAAAGCUUUGGAUCAAAUUGAAAAACAUCCAGAAAUGUUGGUGAAACUGCGAGAAAGAAGUACAAGUCUACAUAGGAGUAUUUGCAGUAGUCAACUGACUGAACACUUUAUUCUAGAAUCUGAUGCAACAAGUCCAUUAAAACAUCUGUACCUAAUAAAUAAAUCUCUAUCACAUACCAAACAACAGCAAAUAUUGAAAAAAAUUGUUGAUUACUCUAUAUCAAAAGGUGUAGCCAUUACUACAGCUUCAUAUUUGAGUGAUCGUGAAUACAAAAUACCUACGCCCAGCAUCAGACUUCUUACAAGUAUCAAAGUAACAGAUGAAGAAAUCGACUUCCUAAUAAAUACAUUGUUGCAAGCGGUCAAUGCAUCAACCAUAGAUAUAGUAUAAUAUUCGGUGUGGUUUUCUGCAAUGCUCACUCUACAUACAUAAUGUCUGCUACUUACUUUAAUAUUGUAAAAUCAUCCCUAAAAAACAUGCACAGUAAAUUGUACUUAAUUUUUACAUGAAUUUACUUUAUGUCAAUACAAAAAAUAUAAUAAUUUUGAAUCGAUUAAAA